ACUGGUUGGACUGGCUUGUCCCUCUGGUGUGAUGUCAUCCAAUGGCUGGGUGCCUGGCGGCUGCGAUGCGCAUGCAUGCAGUGCGCUGCCUCCACGCAAUACAGCGAAGCGCACUUGACAGCUUGCCAGGUUAGAGGGAAAACGCACGCGCGCGCACACACACACGCCGUUCAUGGAAGGAAACCAGACCUGCUGAAUUUCUACCAUCCAUCUACGUAUCAUCCAUCCUCCAGCAGAGGCAGAUGCUUUUCCUGUAGCCUCUCCAUCUCUCUGCAUCAUUUUCUCUCUGGAUUAGCGAUGUUUCUGCUCUAACGCACGGAUGAUGACAGCGUGAGCAGCGGUGCUGAAGCUGUUGAGACGCACAAACACCGCAACCGCUUUGUUGGAUCAGAUCUCUCGUGACUGGACAUGAAUUCGGCGGAACAGACGGUUACAUGGCUGAUCACGCUCGGGGUGUUGGAGUCGCCAAAGAAGACCAUCUCGGAUCCUGAAGCGUUUCUGCAGAGCUCGCUCAAGGAUGGCGUGGUGCUGUGCAGGCUGCUGGAGCGGCUCAGUCCGGGCUCCACGGAGAAAAUUUACCAAGAACCAAAGAACGACGGCGAGUGCUUGAGCAACAUAAAGGAGUUUCUCAAAGGCUGCACAUCGUUCCGCGUCGAGCCAUUCGAGGCCAGUGACCUGCUGCUGGGACUCAACUUCUCAAAGGUGCUGAGCAGUCUGGUUACGCUGAACAAAGUGACUGCAGAUAUCGGCGUGGGCAGCGAUUCGGUGUGUGCCCGACACUCUUCAGCCCACCGCAUCAAGUCGUUUGAGUCACUGUCUUCUCAGGCUUCACUGGGCCGAUCCUCCAAGCUGCUGCAGAACCAGUUCCGCAGUCUGGACAUGUCAGAAAACAGUGGACAGCAGCUGCUGGUGAGGGCACGUUUCAACUUCCAGCAGACCAACGAGGAUGAGCUCACCUUUGACAAGGGGGACCUGAUCGGUGUGUCUCGUCAGGAGGAUGGCGGCUGGUGGGAGGGGACGCUCAAUGGCAAGACCGGGUGGUUUCCUAGCAACUAUGUCCGUGAGGUCAAAGGCUCUGACAAGCAAGUGUCUCCCAAGUCUGCUACUCUCAAGAGUCCACCGAAAGGCUUCGACACGUCUGCGAUCAGCAAGACGUACUACAACUUGGUGUUGCAAAACAUUUUAGAAACAGAGACAGAAUAUUCCAAGGACCUUCAGAGCCUCCUGACAAACUACCUGCGACCUCUUCAGUGCAUUGACAAACUGAGCUUCUCGGAUGUGGCUCUCAUUCUGGGAAACCUGGAGGAGAUCAGCACCUUCCAGCAGAUGCUUGUCCAAUCACUGGAGGAGUGCACCAAGCUUCCAGAAAGCCAGCAGAGGGUCGGGAGCUUCUUCCUCAACCUCAUGCCACAGAUGAAAGCUCUGUAUGUCAGUUACUGCUCCAACCACCCAUGUGCAGUAAAUGUGCUCACCCAGCACAGUGAGGUGUUGGGGGAGUUCAUGGAGGGGAGAGGUGCAGUCACUCCAGGGAUCCUCACUCUGACCACAGGCCUCAGUAAACCCUUCAUGAGAAUUGACAAAUACCCCAACUUACUCAAAGAACUGGAGAGGCACAUGGAGGAGUCUUCUCCCGACAGGCCAGACAUUCAGAAGUGCAUGGCGUCUUUCAAGAAUCUCUCUGCUCAGUGCCAGGAGGUGCGGAAGCGCAAGGAGCUGGAGCUGCAGAUUCUCACUGAGACCAUCCGGCUGUGGGAGGGGGAUGACAUCAAGACCCUGGGCUCUGUGCUCUACAUGAGUCAGGUCUUAGUCCAAAGUCCUGGCUCUGAGGAGAAGAAUGAGCGUUACCUCAUGCUCUUCCCUCAUGUGCUCCUCAUGUUGUCUGCCAGCCCCAGGAUGAGUGGCUUCAUAUUCCAGGGAAAACUGCCUCUGACCAGUAUGACCGUGAACAAACUAGAUGACUGUGAAGCCCACAAAAAUGCUUUUGAGCUCAAUGGCCCCCUGUUUGACCGUCUCCAUGUGGCGUGCAACAACCAGCAGGACCUGCAUGACUGGGUGGAACACCUGACCAGACAGAUCAAACACACCACAGCUACAGCACCCAGCCACAAACCCCUCACUGUUCCCUGCCACACGCUCCCAUCUCACCCCCUAACUCCAUCCCGUCAUGCCGAGAGCAGGGCCAUGACCGUGGCCCCCACCUACCACACCUUGCCUCACCCCUCCUCCCAUGGAACAUCCCUCAGCACCAUGAUGUGGGGUCCACUGGAACCACCCAACACCCCAAAACCCUGGAGCCUAAGCUGCUUACGACCCGCACCCCCACUACGGCCCUCUGCCGCCCUCUGCUAUAAGGAGGAUCUUAGUAAAAGUCCUAAGAGUGUGAAGAAACUCCUUCCCAAACGAAAGCCUGAGAGAAAACAGUCGGAGGAGGAAUUUGCUUUGAGGAAGAGUACAGCUGCUCUGGAAGAAGAUGCCCAGAUUCUCAAAGUCAUUGAGGCGUACUGCACCAGUGCCAAAACCAGGCAGACUCUGAACUCCAGACCGUUAACGGAAACGGGACUUCACAUGAUCAUCCCUGGUAUGGAGAAAGUGCUUGUGGAGGAUCCCAAUCGUAAUGGACAAAGUGCAGUGGAAGAGAAGAGCCUUGUGGAUGUGGUGUAUGCCCUGAGAGACGAGGUUCAGGAGAUAAAACAGGACAACAAGAAGGUGAAGAGAUCACUGGAGGAGGAGCACAGAGCACGGAAGGAUCUAGAAAAGGUUGUGCGGAGGGUUUUAAAGAGCAUGAAUGACCCAACAUGGGAUGAGACCAACCUGUGAGGCUGCCUCCAGCUGAAACCUUGUAAAGAGACAGACUGUGUAUGUGAGGGCACACGAUGCAUUGAGAUGGAUGCAUCUGUGUUUGCUCUCAGCAGGAUGUUAUUACAACCCUUUUUGUAAGACAGGAAUCACUGGGAUGUAAUGCUGAACUAUCUAUUCCACAAUAACAUUCCUUGAGCACCAAGCAAGAAUAUGAGGAAAUCACACACUUUCAUCACUUCAACAUUCAUCAUCCACUUGUGGAUAACUAGAGAGAGCUAUCCUCUCUCUGUUUACAAUCAUUUAUCAGGAUGUUUUCUAGUGGUACAUAAAUGCUACGAAAAACUAUGAACUUAACUUGAACCAUGCAUUUCAUAACCUCUCCUAUGUUAUUUAAUAUUUUUAUGAAUUUGUUUUCAUUGAAUUUCUUUCCCUGACACAGGCUAAACAUGGUGUUUUUAGUCUGAAGUGGCACCUGUGCCAGGAACUAAUCUUUUCUUUCCUCUUUGUUUGACCACUUUGCGGUAUGACUGUAUUUCUGGGCAUCCUAAGGGAACUGUACAGAUAUUAAAUGGUACUGUAUAUUGUAAAUACUGCAAAAAGAUGAGCCUUUGUCCUGUGGGAGAAAUAAAUGUGUUUUUAGAAGCUUUA